AUGCCUGAGAAUCAGCUAAGUGCUCAAUCGAGCCAUGAGAUCCAUUCGGUGAAGUCAGAAAGCUCCAGUGGGACAUUUUUUUCAAAAGGACGGAUUAGAAAUAAGUCUAAGAAUGCGCUUGGGCGAUUGUUCAGGAAUGGGAACGGGAGCAGCGCGAAUACGCCUGGGAUUGGGAAUAGUAACGAUAGCGGGAGUGAGGGAUCAGUUGCUAGCGAGAAGUAUGUGACAGCGCCGGUAGCUGAGGAGGUUUCUCCGCCCGGACUUUCGAAUGUGAAGCGAGGCAAUCAUUUGCAUAAUCCGAACAAUUACCAUCACCAUAGCGGCGGUAGCUCGAACUCACAGCCACAUCCAUCAAGACAGGAUCUGCAUCAGCACGAUGAGAGGAAAUUGGGCGCGCACAGGGUGGAACAGCCGUCGAAGGAGGGAUCUCCAGUAACGUCGUCGGCACUUACUAGUUCGCAGUCGCAUCCGGUACUGUCCCAGCACAGGACGAAUGAUAGCGGUAAGCCAGGCUUGCGCUCCCAACAUUCUACGGUUACGUUAGAUACGUCGCCACAGCCCAACCAGCAUCCAGCUGAGUACUUGCAGAGACAGAUUGAGCAGUUCAAGCUCCAACCACCCCCUAAAUUGUCAUCAGCAGGCGAUAACAGCAGCAACGGCAGCGCUGCUGGAGGGAAGGUGCACCACAAGAAGUCACUCCGUUUGAAACGGUUCUUCAAGCUGCACGAGCAGAACGCUGACCACCACCAUGGCCAUCAGGGGGCCCAAAAACCUAUGGACAAGCUUCCACAAUCAAAUGCAACAGCAGUUGUGACAGAUCGUAAAACGACCAAGUUGACCUUAUACGAUGCCGACGAUGCACACGAAUUAAUACAAAAGUAUGGUAUUCCAGGUAAGCUACUUGGGGAAGGUGUGUCAGGGUCAGUCAGCGUAGUUAAAGGGUCGGACAAUACCAUGUUUGCUGUGAAAAAAUUCAGACCUAGAGCAGCAAAGGAAUCCCUUUUAGACUAUUCGAAGAAGGUCACAUCGGAGUUUUGCGUCGGUUCGUUCUUGCAUCAUCACAAUGUGAUAGAAACACUAGAUAUGCUCCAAGAGGGAGAAGACUUUUUAGUCGUUAUGGAAUAUUGUCCAUAUGAUUUCUUCACGCUGGUAAUGAGUGAUCUAAUGGGGAAGCACGAAAUCGCUUGCUACUUCAAACAGAUUUGCAACGGUGUCGCAUAUCUACACUCCCAGGGAUUAGCCCACAGAGAUUUGAAGUUGGACAACUGCGUUGUCAACGCUCAAGGUAUCCUAAAAUUGAUUGACUUCGGUAGCGCCACGAUUUUCCACUACAAGUAUGAAGAUAAGAUAGUAAAAGCCAAGGGAAUUGUCGGAAGUGACCCAUAUUUAGCCCCGGAACUACUAAUUAAUCAGUAUUACGAUCCUAGACCAGUCGACGUAUGGUCUAUAGCAGUUAUGUUUUACUGUAUGACACUAAGAAGAUUCCCUUGGAAGAAGCCAAGCGAGGAUGUGGUAUCUUUUAAAUUAUUUGCACAAAAACCAGAUGAUGAGAAUGACCAUUCAAAGGGUCCGUACAGAAUCUUGAAACUUCUUCCCCGUCAUUCUAGGCCAUUGAUUGGUAGAAUGCUAGAAUUAAAUCCUCACAAGAGAAUUCUUAUGCCAGAAGUUUUAACCGAUCACUGGUUCCAAAACAUCCAGUUCUGCGAUGUAGAUAACCAAGGCAAUUUAAUCCAACUCCCAACAAACCAUAAGCAUCAUUUAGUCACCGAAGAAGAAUUAAAAGAAUUAAACGAAAAGAGAGAAAAAGAAGCAGAAGAAAGAAGAAAAGCAGAAGAACUCAAGCAAAACACAACACAUGAAUAG